GCUACCAACAUACGUACGAAGUAAAAUAAUUUCGUACGCAGUCGGUGAUAUUUACAACUAAUAUUUUGCUACUGUUUUGACAAAUAAAAGACAAAUUCUUACAUUUUCUUUUUGUUGAAGGUACGGUCGAUUUAUUCAGUGAUUAAUGUUUGAUGUAUGAGUUGUUUUGAAGAAAAUGUUGUAAAAACUGUUGCACUCGGCAUCCAGUGUCUACUUGACAAAAUAUGGUCGUGCGUUUUGCCUGAACAUAAUAAGUGGUGAUGUGUGAAAACACUGAUGUUAGUUAUUUGGACGGGGAGGUGGUAUGGGUUAAGCUUGGAUCCUGCUGGUGGCCAGGCGAGGUGGUCGGUCCUGAGAAGCUGCCACCAGAUGUCCUGCCUUCAUUUCGGAAGCCACCUAUAGCCGUUGUGAAGUUCUUCCAGGAGGAUACAUAUGAAUAUGUGAAAAAUGCCAGUUCAAUUUUCAAAUAUGAAUGCAGUCGCAAAAAUGAAUUCAUCAACAAAGGCCUGUAUAUGUUUAGAACGAAACGCGGGCAUAUGGAGAAGUUUCCAGAAGACGUUAUCCGGGCUGAGACCGCAGUUGGUGGUGAUAUAGAAAUUCUAACAAGAGAUGAGUUCCAAGAAAAGAAAAAAGAAAGCUAUGCAGGCAUAUUUGGUGACCCUCAGAAGAAAACUCCGGGCUCUGGUAAGAAAGGCAGGGGUGGUCGAGGGAGAUCUGCUGAACCAUCUAGGAUUUCAACACCUUUCAGAAAGGGUAAAGAAAAAGUCGAUUACAAAGUACACAUACUAGUACAAGGCUCGAAACCAAGCUCUGAUGAUACACCCUCUACAGAAACUACUGAACCUAUACCCUCUACUAGUGCUGAGCCAGUAUCAGAUAAUAAAGACGAAACACGACUGGGUAGUGAAGAACGCGAGGAAGAAGAAAAAGAGAAAGUAGAAGAACCAGUUCCAUCAUGUUCAACUCCCACUGCUUCUACAUCAGCUGCACCAAGCACACCAAGUGUAUCAAGCUCUGGGAUAUACUCCUGCCACGCAUGUCCGUUCACAACAGUACGUCUAAAUGUCUUAAUUUUACACAGUAAAACACACAGUGUUUCGUUUACACCUUACACACCAUCACCAGUAAGAAAAAAACUACCUGUAAAAUCAUCGAGCAAAUCAACUCCAGAAAUAAGCAAAACACCAAAGGCUCGUAAACCACGAAAAGAAAAAACUGUUAAAGAACCUAAAAAGUCACCACCAAGUACUACUAAAAAACGAACGGCAGAUGUCGAAACGAAUAAUGUUGAAAGUGUUGAAACUAAAAAGGUGAAAACUGAUGAGGAAAUUAAGAGCAGUCUUUUGGCUGACUGGGACGAUGGAGACGAAGAAUCUAAUGAUGAAUCCACUACUGUUAUGGCUGAGUCACCUGAAGUGCCAGAAGCCACAGAAUCACCAGCAGUGCCAACUUCGGCGGAACUAUCCAGUGUACCGUUAAUGCCUGAACUGUCAUCACCUACUGAAAAGAAAUUAAAUAGUUCCCCUUCAAGUGACAAACCAGACCCUUCAAGUGAUUCUAAAUAUGAGUUUUGCGAAGAUGAAGAUUGGCCACUGGAAGUGGAUGGAGGUCGUAAAAUACCCAGAGUCAAGAAUCCGAAACGUAAGGAAGAUUCAAAGAGCCUAAGUGUAGACGACGAUGAAAUGGCCAGAGAAGUAGCAGAAUUACUCAAUAAGACUACUGUUCCCGAAUUACCGUGCCCCGAACCCUUAAAGGUCGAGGAAAAUUUUCCUGAGCCUUCCAUCGUAAAAUCUCCCGACAAACAAGAAAGUUCGCCUGAAAAAGCUGAAAAGCCGCCUGUUGAAACACCUCCGACUAAAGCAAUUUUUAAGACGAAAACAUUUUUUCGAAGUAGACAUUCUAGAAGCCAAGAUGCAAUUGGAAAAUAUGUCGCAGAACAAUUAAAUGCAGUUGAAAGAAUGGAUAUAUCUGAAAAUGAUAUUAAUGGUGCAGAAGUUGUUUCUUCGCCUGAGGCUAGAGAAUCUCCUCCAAUUGAGCAUGUGAAAGUUGCUCGUUUAGCGCCCAAAAUUCAACUUAAGAAAAUGAAAGCUGAACUUCGCGAAAAAGAAAAAGGUAAUUUCGAGAAUUUCGGAGACAUUUCAGAUUUUAGACAAUUCACCGACAUGGCUGUUCCUAGUAAAGUCAGCCCACAAUCUAUUAAAUCACCUACUCUGACAGAAAAAGGAAAUAGACAACUACAUGAUGUUCUAUAUCCUACACAGGAAAUAAAACCUGUUAAUAUGGAUAUACCUGAACCUGUUAAAAGUUCUAUAAACCGAACAGAUUUCACAGAUAAUAUUACACACAGGCCUGAAACUACAGGAUUCACAAAUACUAUUAAACCAGAAGAUAAUGAUGAUGAUAGGGUAAGCAAAUUCGAAAAUGUUGAAGAAACUAUACUGGAUCAGGCUUCAAAUAAAGUUGAAAUACAAACCACAAGUUACGCUGAAGACUAUGGAGAUGACAGAGUUGAAACAGGGUCAAUCAACGAAGAGACAAGAAUUGUAAUUGAAAUGGAACCAGAACCAGAUAAAGAUCACAUUGAUGAAGUAGCACUUGACAAAUCCCACGAUACAGAUAUGGUCAUGAAAUCUGAAAAUAUAGAAGUAACAGUGACAGAAGAAGAAGUACUUGAUGAAAUGGCGGGUGAAGUUGAUGAAGACAAUUUGAAAGAGGUUAAAGACAAUAACUUGGAUCAAGGGCUUAUUGAAGAAGUAACAACUUCUGUGCCCGAGGUUAAGUUCCCUGUGAGAAGUGAUCAAAAAUCUUACCAGCCAUAUAUGAAUGAAUCUACAGCGUCAGCAGUAGACGCUUUAUUGAGCGUAUCUAGAGAAGCCGACAGAGUGACGAGGGUUAUCAGCGAUGAUCCGCCAGAAGAUCUGUUUGAAGAUGAUAAUAAGGACAACAGUGGAUCUAACCAAGAGCACAGUUUCAAUGAAGGUCUUUUAGAUAACAGUGAUAGUGUCGUAAAGUACGAGGAGCCAGUGGAAUUGAUUCCAGAUGAUCAUAGCAAGGUGUUAAAUAAUGACUUCAAAACAAAUGAAGAUAAUUCUGUAGGCACAGAAGAUAAUAUUGAUUUACCAGAGGGAAGUAAUGUAGCAUCUCUUAACGAUAUCGAUGACCAAACAAAGACAGAAAUGAAUGUUGAUGUUACUGACAGUGCGGGCAAUAUUGUGGAAAGUAUUCCAUCUGAAUCUGACCUACAAAUAGCUGAAACUCUGAUUAAUUUACCAUCCAUUCAAAGCAAAACAACUAGCAGUAUAAAGCCAGAUAAACCAAUUCCCGAUGAGAUCAUGCAGGAAGAUAUUGUUCCUGAGGAAAUGGUUGUGGAAGACAAACCUAUAGAAUCUAUUGUAGAACCUGAAUCAAUACUUCAUCAACAGAAAUCUCUAUUAAUUUCUAACAACGAAAAUAUUAUGCGUUUUGAAACAGAACAAGAGAAAAGUGAAAACUUAAACGCUGCUCAAUCACUGGUCCAAAUGUCAGAAACAAUUGACCACAAAAUUAAUAUGGAUCAUAACUUAUCUACUAGUGUAAACAAUAAUAAGGAAAUAUCCGAAAAGGGUGUUUUCAGUGUAAAACAAAAUAAUGGCUUGGAUGGUAUGCACAACACUGUAGAGCAAAAAUUAACUCUCAAAUCUAAAGAUAGCAACAUUGAAAACACCAAUGGUAAAAGUACUAAAAUAGAAACUUCAUCUUCAAGGUUAUUAAAAAUUCUAGAAGAGCCGAGUGCGAAGUUUAGUACCAAUAAACCUAUGCCUACCAAGACCAUCAUUACAGGGAAAGAGAAAAUAUUGAACUUUGACGUAGCAAAAACGUCUUUCAAAAGUAAAACUGAUUCACCUAAACAGAAAAUAAUUAUUCGAAGGACGACUCCAAGCAAAAACCUAAUAAACAAUAUGUCUGAAAUAACAACACCAGACAAAAUUAUUCUGUCACGUAGUAACAACGCAGCGCCGGACGGUUCUGUACAAACAUAUACCAUUCAGACGUCAGAGCCGCCAGCCGACGCUAACACAAUUAUAAUACAACAAAAGAUUAGGAAAAUUGCAAAACCACCUGCAAAGAUACAAAAGAUUAAACCAGCAAACUCACUGAUACCCACUCUAAAUGAAACGUCAAAAAUAAUCAACGAUGCAGCCCCUGACGAUGCUAUGUUUGAUAUUAACUCAAUGCCUAUUGUAUUAUCUGAAGAUCUACUAACUCCCGAAAGUAUUGAGAAAAUGCCCAUCGUAAUGUCUGACGGUAACAUUAUAACUCACACACCGAAUCCGCCAAAACUUGUGAAGACAAAACAAGCUAUAGAAAGUGAAAAAAUUGGCAUAAGUGCAACCUCUAAUAAAUCUGAAAUGAAAACUCUAUUAAUGAAUCCUGUCAGUGAUGGUAAUAAAAUUAGCACCCCGAAUAUUCUAUCAAAAUCUUCAAAAUUACGAGGGGCAAAACCUAUGUUAGUAAUUGAUAAGACUACAGGUAAACAGAAAAUUAUAAUGACGAAAGGUGAGACUAGUAUCAAAGAAGUCAAACAAGCACCAACCCUAAUACAGUCAGUUCAGCAGAAUACUGGCAAGGCCGAGAAAUUCAUAAUUUUACCUACUCCAAACUCACCACGCCCUGGCAGGACACAAAAGAUUGUAAUAGAUCCUCAAACAGGCAAAGCUCAUGUGCUUGUAGCAAAGGGAUCCGAACCUCAAAUAACUGCUACGGACAAUAAACCGGUUUCGGCGAAAUUAAUUCCGUCUUCGACCGACAAUAGCAGUCCUGGAAAUACCGUAAUGAUCAUAACUAACGCUCAAGGUGCGCAGUCUAGAAUAGUCCUCACUCCAGAACACGAGAAGAUGCUAUUUCCAAAGAAACAACAAUCUAAUGUAUCUCAAUUGAAAACUAUAACUCAUAGGAUCUCAACCAAUCCAGGUGUUGUUACUCAAAAAUCUUUAGUUACAUCAUUAACAUCGACAAAAACUCAAAAUGUCGCACCUGCAAAGACUCAGACCAGGAUUGUGCCGAAACAAAAAAGUGCAAUAAUUACAUCAAAAGGCCAAUUGAUUGUCGGUGGGAGAGUCGCCACUACUACGCAAAAUAUAGCGCCCAUGCCGGAAAUUAGACCUGUACCCAAGCGAAUAAUCGCAUCAGAACCCAAAAAACUAGUUCAAACAAUUCAGAAGUCAUCUUCAGAACCAUUAAUAUUCUUACAACAAAAAUCUGGUGCAGUCAUGCAACUUACAGCAGCACAAUUCGAACAUUUGCAAAGGACUGGGCAAAUUGUACAGAAAACUACUACACCUAUACAGGAUAAUAAAGUUCUUGUACAAAAAACGAUAACUAUUUCGCCGAAUGAGACAGGAGCGCCUACAGUACACAAACAGAGAGUACGUAAGACGAUAUCCGAAUCACCAACGCCAGCUAAGAAAAUGAAACAACAAGAAAUAGCUAUAGCACCUGCACCCGCGCCUUUGUCUUCGAUUCCUCCUGCCUUGACUCCUCUGAGCAACAAUGCACCUAAUGUGCCAUCUGUAUCUAACACAGUAUCCAUUGGUACUACGAAUACUUAUUCUGAUUUUGAUAACUUCGAAGAACUUUUACCGUCGACUGCCAUCGUCCGACAACAACAGCCAGAGCCAGUUAGCACUGUGACUCAGCCAGAACCACCCGCCGCCGCCCCGCCUGCUGGCCUAGGCGACAGUCAACUGCUGGCAGUACCAGGGGAACACUUUGGCGGCCCUGUAGGUUCAUUCUAUCUUUGCAUUGAAGAGAAUGGCACUUUGACUCCUGUUGACAAUCGACCUCUAGUCCUAGAUAAUAAUCAACUAGUUCCUAUGCAUGCAGAACCCUUACCCGUAUUAUCAACACAACCCGAGCGUAGAGACAUUCUUGAGGCGGCUUUAGCUAAUAGUGAUGUUUUUCAUGCGGAUACAACAAGAGACGAGGCCCCAGAUUUCCGUGAUUUGAAUGCAAAUGUAUCAGUUCAUUGUCGUGUAUCUGAGACUAGUACGACAUUAAAUCAGCCCAUUAUGACUCCUGUUGAGGUACCUACUAAAGUAGACAGUGAACCUGCCAUUCCUUCCAAUUUAGAGGAUGGUCUCGCAGUAAUCGGUGUCACCCCUCCGACAGUGCCGACUUCACUAGAAUUACCUAUUACUGUGACAGACCCUAGGAUAGCACCUGCAAAAACAACAGAUCCUCUGAGCAACAAUAACUAUGGGUCUGGAGUAUCUUUGCUACCGUCACCUAAUACGGAAAUGACUUAUGUAACCACAGAGGAAACAGAUGUGCCAAUGGGUGGCCCUAUUUCGAUGCCAUUGCUAACGGAAGAAGAAUCUGUCGGGAAAUCCAUGCCAAUAUUGACGGACGACAUAGCAGAGAGAACUGUUUCUUCAGUAGACUCAGCAGUUGGAUCUCCAUCCUCCAUUGAUGUCCGGGAGUCGGAAACUGAAGAUGGUGGUCAGUGGACUCGCCGGCUGCUUACUCCUGGCUCGGACAUUUCAGAAGCGUCAGCUGAGAUCCCCUUGCAGCCGGCUAUACAAUUGUCGGUUAGUGAACUGUCUCGCCACAGUUAAGAGGGAUGCCUUCGUCUUUUCCCUUUCGUAAAUAAUAUUUCUCAAGUCUCCACGAAACUAUGAUUAAGUAAUGUAAAUGUGUUGAGUGAAUACAAUCUAAAACUCUCAUAUGCCUAAUUAAUUUCAUUUUUUUAUUUGCAUUGAUACAUGUGCACGCUGAAGUUGGCAAACCUAAUUAGCUACAUUAAUGUAUUGAAGAUCUUUUUGCUUGAAAGAAUGUGAAGUUUUAAAAUACAUUAUACUUAAUCUUGACAAUUGAAGUACAUUCAGCAGUUAAUAUAUUUGAAUACAAUGAAAUUGUAAUGCAUUCUGUAUUAGAUUUGAGAAAUGUUAUAGCACAAACGAAGGAGAAGGGAUGAUAGCGUUUCCUCGCGACCAGUCGAACAUAACAUCACUUAUUGUCAUUGAUGUUCUUAGAAUUUUAUUUAUUUGUGCCUAUUUCAUAACUUGUCAUGUUACUAGUGCAAUAGAUUAUUAUUUAAACUUGUUUCAUUGUUCGAUCUUGGCGUUUUAAAUCUAUAUUUUAUGUAAUAGGAAUAUUUUUAUCUGUUGUGGAACAUUUUGAACGAGUAUAAUAUAAAUGGUGCCGCUAUUAUCUGAGAAUGAUUGUGAGCGUUCGAAACGCAUACAGAGACAUGAUUGUGUAAAUAUCUAGUUAUAGAAAGCAAAAUUGAAGAAACAAACUGUUUGGGCUGGACUUGUCAUAUAAAACAAUUAAGUAUAAUGCAAUACUGCAUACAAUAUUUAGGUUAAGGAUUUACGAUUGUAAAUUUAAAUUGAAUUAUGAUAUUUGUUGGAUCGUAUGUGUAAUAUAUAAAAAAGUAGUUAUAUAUUAUUUUUGUAACGUCUAGCGAGGUUGGAGUACGUGUAACGCUGUCGCAGACCUGUACAUGGAAGUGCUGUUAAGUUAUCGUGAAUUAUGUUCACCAGUGGACAAGUAAUGUUGAAGUAUAAGAGAGAUUUGUGAAUGCGGCCGUCGACCGUCAGUUAAACAGGAUACAUUUCUUAUAUCAAUAAUGUAGGGUUAAUAUUAAGUACAAUAUUGUUGAAGUAAUUUUUAAACAUAAUGUCAAAAGCACUUAUUGGUUUGUUUGAGUGAUCUAUGUAAAAUCUAGAUCAGACUAUACAAUGGAGUCUUUAGUAAUAACUUCUGUGUAGUUUUAUUAAAUAAAUUUUAAUCAACA